GACAGGAACACCGAUCCAAAAUUAUUUUACCAUCGAUUCCAGAAACAGGGCCUUUCUUCGUCUGAACUGGUCCUUCCUUCUGUACCUUUUCAUCCCCUUAUCGGUUCAGGGAGGGGACUAGAGCGUCCUAAUUCGCCUACCCAGAUGGCCUGUCGAAUCUCGAUCUCGACCAUUGAACUCCCUGAUGCCGCUGAUGGAAUCCAGGCGCCAGCAGAGUGUAUCAAAAUCGCAGAAAUUAUGGUAGAUCCGGCUCUGGCAGCUCCACCUUGGCAUCCAACCCCCAGGCUUGUUUCCCACAGGAAGAAGCUUCUUCCGUCGUCCCAACAGUCGAAGGAAGGUAGCAUGGAUGGAAGCCAACACUGGGCCAGUGAUCGUCAGUCGUCGGUUUCGGAUUCGCUCUCCCACUUUCCUUUCUUCUUCCAUUUCGUCCGUUGCUCAUGUCCGUCGACCACCUCAUCAGCAUCUUCACCAAGGGGAAAGAAAGUCCACCUCGACUCAGCCGAGCCGAGAACAUCCUCGUCGUCAAGAUACAUCUGGAACAGAAUCACAUUCAGUUGCACAGUUUGCAGAUUGUGUCAUACAUCAGCCUCGUUUCAACGGCUUACGUUUCCGCAGCACUACCUAGGUGCACCCGGUUCAUGUCCACUGGAUCCUUGCUUUGCCUUCUGCGUAGUGUACAUGAGGCUACGCAUCAUGCCUUUGCCGCCGCCGAAGACGCCCAGGAUCGGUCUAAUCUACAUACACAGCCUUCAUCGGGGCCUGUCUCCUGUCUCUCGUGCAGCCUUCUCGACGUCGAUGCGCCAGGAGUCCGAACCAGACCUUGUGUGGCAGGAAAAGCUCCAUCAUAUCUUCUUUUCUUAAACGCCAAACCUUCUCCAGAUAUGGACAAGCCAAGCUCUUAACCUUCACAUUAGCUACUUGGAGGCACUUCCUUUUGCCGACUCUCUAUGAUUGAUUUCCUCAUUGCCUAUAUUUUUUGCCCCAAGGCCGUUCACAUCAUUCAUCCAUUUUUCAGUCUGUCCCAGCCCCUGUCGAUGGAUCCCAUACGCGUAGGGGGCCGGAACUUCGUGGAGCCUUUCUCUUCUCCAAUACCCCUCCCGCCUAUCCUCUUGCCUCCAAGAAUGACCCCCGUCUUUGCCUGUUGACUGUGCCCGGCUUUGCCUCAUCUCUACAUCUACCUCUAUCUCCGGUAGAUUUUUCGUUCUCACUAUCAUACUUCUGUCAUCCCAUCAUUUUCGCCCACAUGGGACAAAAAGUGUCCAUGUGGCUUCUCUUCUCAUCUGAUAUAGUUGUCACAACUUUCUUUUUGUUUACUUGCUAAGCCUUUACCUUAGGCCAAUUUCAUCUCCCCUUUUCCCUCUUCUUCUUCUUAUACUAAUUCGGUCACGCAACGCACGGACGAGGUGUUGGUUGUCACUUAGACAGUACGAUCUUUGGAACUGCCUUGUGUACCCUACGUGCCACUUACACUCUUAACUUGACCAAGGUCUGCCUGGGUUUCUUGUGGUUUGGUUCUUAUUAGACGUAACCAAAUCCUUGGCCUACGUUGAAGAGCUCACUCAGUCUUACUUGCAUCACGAUUAUCCGAGUGUUGUCAGAUC